AUGACAAAGGUCGAAGAGUGGGGGUGGGAAGGGGGGAGGAUGAAAAAAAAACGAGUGGCGCCGGCUCUCUCGAAAACUGGCUCGCUUUCUUUUUUCCUCGCGAUAGUCUCCAAAUUUCGCCGAUUUUGUGAUUUGCAGAUUUGGCGGGCGGCGCUGGGGUUGUGCGCACUAAAAUUGCUGCAGCUCACUUUGCGACAAGGCUGCGUGGCGCAAGACGGAAUCUACCCCACCAUUGUGUGGCUGCCAAUUUUGUUCCUCUGCGAUAAAGCAUUAUGGCUGGUCCUAGAAGAGGUGGGAGUUUCAGAGGCGGCGGCUCGAGAGGUGGCAGCUCAAGAGGUGGUGGGAGAGGCAGAGGCAGAGGCAGAGGCAGAGGCGGCGGCGGCGGCAGAGGUCGGGGUGCAGGCAGAGGUCGAGGCCGUGGCGGCCAGUUUAGUCAAUGGGGCCCGGAAAGGAGAUUCGACGGUGCUCGCUUGGCUGAAAAUGGCGAAGAAGAAGAAUGUGGAAGACGAAAUGCUCCAACAUGUAGCAUCAGACGACGAUGACGAGCAAGAAGCUCCCGCACGCCCAUAUAUGGCACUGAUGCAGAAAUUUCACGAUUCAAGUGCGCCAAGCGCCAAGAGGAGGAAGAUUGCGCACGAUGAGCCCUCGAACCGGAGCCCAAGUCCCGCCAUAAACCAGUCAGAAGACGAAGAAGCGCCCGAGCCUAGGCGGGAAGACAUCGAUGAGGCCGAUGAAGAAGAGGAAGAAGAGGGAGGAGAUCCAGCUUCCAACAUUGAAGAGGCCCCAGAAAACGACUCCGAAGACGAGAUUGACGCUACAGACCCGUUCGAUUCACAUUUCGCCAACCCGGAUCAACAAACCAGCUCGCAAUCGGUUGUCGCGGCGAAGAAUGGAGAGUGGACAACGACUCGCGCCAUUGUACAGCCUUGGAGAGCAGUUAUUACGUCCCCUGGCACGAAUAACAAUGUCUCCGCUCCCCAGCCAAUAUCAGGGCUUGGUGGGCUGAAACUGAAGCAGAAAUUGCGAGACACGGCAAAGGAAAAGAUGGGCAACCUGGAUGCAGCACAAAAGGCAUUUGCACCCUUAUUAUUCGACUACAAGGACGUCUUGUUUUGCGAUCGUUCUGUGGAGAACUCCACCAAAAUACGACAGGCGGUCUGUCUCCAUGCGCUCAACCACGUAUUCAAGACUCGAGACAGAGUGAUUAAUAACAACUACAAGCUUUCAAAGGCCGGUGAUGAUUCAGAGCUUGAACUCCGAGAUCAGGGCUUCACUAGACCCAAGGUCCUGUUCCUUCUACCAACACGCAACUCGUGCGCCAAGAUGAUGAAGGUGAUUCAAGACUUGGUCGAACCAGACCAACAGGAGAAUUUCAAGCGAUUCAAUGAAUCAUACGCUGAGAGCGACGAAGCUUUCGGUGCUGAUCGGCCUGCCGACUUCAAAGAUCUGUUUGGCGGCAACGAUGAUGACAUGUUCCGUAUCGGUGUCAAAUUUACCCGCAAGACGAUAAAAUACUUUGCGCAAUUCUAUAGCUCCGAUAUCCUCUUUGCCAGCCCUCUUGGUCUCCGCAUGGCAAUGGGAUCUGAGGAGGAGAAGAAGAAGCCUGAUUUUGACUUUCUCAGCUCCAUUGAGAUGGUUGUCAUGGAUCAAGCAGAUGCUCUUCUGAUGCAGAAUUGGGAGCACGUCGAGUACAUCUUUGAACACCUGAACCUUCAACCAAAGGAUGCUCACGACUGCGACUUUAGCCGUGUCAGAAAUUGGUACUUGGAGGAUUGGGCAAAGUAUUUCCGACAGACGGUCAUCCUAUCUGCCUUUAACACCCCCGAACUGGCAGAACUCCAGAGGCUGUACUGUCAUAAUUGGGCCGGAAGGGUCCGCUUGCAGCCAGAAUACCCCGGCGUUAUUGGACAGCUGGGCGUCAAGGCCAAGCAGACAUUUUCACGCUUCCAGUCGAGCGCCGUGGAGAGAGAUCCCGAAUCUCGGUUUGGCUACUUUACCUCUGCCAUUAUCCCAUCUUUGGUGAAGCGAUCCAAGGACUCGAGCGGCACGCUCAUCUUCAUCCCAUCCUACCUUGACUUUGUCCGCGUGAGAAACUACUUCGCCACUGCCGACGAAGUAAGUGGCCUCACUUUCGGAGUGAUAUCUGAAUACACCGAGGUUCGAGAAGCAUCUCGAGCUCGAUCUCAUUUCUUGACUGGUCGACAUCGGAUUUUGCUCUACACAGAGAGAGCUCACCACUUCCGUCGGUAUCAGUUCAGCGGUGUUGAGAGAGUCAUCUUUUACGGGCUGCCGGACAAUCCCAUCUUUUAUAAGGAGAUUGCAGGUGGAUACCUAGCCAAGAGUGAGAAAGACAUGAAGAUUGAGCCCGGGCAAGGAACGGUGCGGGCCAUCUUCUCUAAAUAUGAUGUGAUGAAGCUGGAGAGAGUUGCGGGUUCCAAGAGGGUGGGGAAGAUGAUUCAGGAUCGUGGCGAUACCUUUGAUUUCGUGUAG